AUGCAAAAUCCUGAGAGCAGAGGGCGUGUGAAUACUUCCUCAAAGCCUGAGUUGGAUAUUCUGGAAGGCAUCGUUUCAAGACUUUCAGAGCUCUUCUCCACCGGCUCCAAAGACCAGAUUGUGAUCAAAGCAAAGGUAUUUGAGCAAUUGCAUCAUUUGAUCCUGAUGGCCGCCAAUCUUUCUUCUAAUUCUGAUUGCGCCGGCCGUUUAGAAAAGAUGAUCGCUCUUGUUUUGGAGGAAGCUGAUGACGGGAGGAAGAAACUCAUCACGAAGUUGUCUGAGGAAUUGAGUUUGGAAGAUUUGGAGUCCGACAUACGAUGGGCAGCUGCCUUGGAGCUUUGCAACAUGGGGCAGCCAUUCGCAGAGCCCAUACUCAUAAGUCUUUUGCAAAGCUACCUGAAAGAUCCGGAAGGUCGUAUGAAGAGGCAAAAAAGACAUUAUGUAACUGCAGAAGAAUUAGCGGAAGGACCAGUAGAUACAGGAGAUUCAGAAGGACCUGAGAAAGAAGACUUGCUUUCAAUUAGAACGAAGAAGGACAUGGGGAAAGCAAAGGAAUUUGGGGAAGAAGAAUUGCUUUCAUUUCUGCAAGGUGGAGUCUCGGAAAGUGGGUCUGAAGCUGAGAUUCGUAUCGCUCAAUCAGUACAUGCGCUUGCCAACUCCGUGGCGUCAGCAAAAGGAGCGGACAAAGCAGCGAGGGUGGGCAAGGCGCUCGAGCUUUUUCUCCAAUUCAUUGGAGCAGAGAACUCCGUCACACUGCAGAAGCUUGGUUUGGAUGGAGUCCAAAGAAUUGGCCACCAGGGCUUACCAGUCCUCAUGAACUUGCUGGAAGAAGGUAACCCGGAGCAGCAAGCAGCCGCAGCAGUUGGCCUGGGGGUGGUAGCGAAAGAUUCGAUCUCCGUUGAGUCCGCGGAAUUCGAGAAAGUCAACCCCUUUCAAAGAUCUGUGUCCGAGCGACAGACUCCCAACUCCGUGAAACUCCUGCAGGAUUUCAUCGAAGAAAAGCUGUAUGGUAUGCACCCAGCUUCGCGCGCUAAUCUGACUACUUCCAUGCGAGUUGUUCAGCCAGGACAAAGCAGUGCAAAGAGUUGGCUUGUGACUUACUGGUAUCAUGCUCUGCGGCUAGUUGUGGAUUUGCCAUCGCCUUGGACACUAGUGGCCAGCGCCGCAGCAUUUGUCCUCUUUAGCUCCCAGCAUCCCUUGGCCGAACUGCUCAGCCAUCCACACACUUUGGUGCGAUCGCAUCGUCACACGCAGUGGGGGUUCCAUGUGCAAGGCACCGGCCUGCUGCACAGAAAGAUCCAGCUGAGACAUUCAUGGGAGUCGUGGGUCCAGUGGUUUCGUCGAAGCUCGGCGCUGAAGGAGGCUCCCUUUGAACAAGUCCUCAGUCUGGAUGAAGAGCAACGCUUUUGUGCUGCGCUGCAGGCGUUCCAAUUGCUCACCCGUUUGGAGGUUGUUCCGAAGAGCGACUUAGCUGCUUCGACCUUCGCUGCUGUCUUUGCACGCUUCGGUCUGAAGGUUCAUCGAAAGGACGGCCAGUUGGUUCUUGUGUCCGAUGGCCGACGACCACGACUUCUCAACGUUGAAGCAAUUGAGAGAAUCGUUCACAGAGGAUUCUUUCCUGAGCGAUUUCAUGCAACUUCUCCAGUUCUCUGUGUGCUACGACCUUGGUGGCUUUUGGUGGACAUACUGGUGGUUCUGUUGCAGGUUGCAAUUUGCAUCUUGUUGAUGCUACCACCGUUAGCGUGGUUCAGUAUUUACGAAUUGGCUCGCGUGCCAUAUUUCCCAAUGUCACCGGUUGACAGCCUUACAGCUCUUCAUUUCGGGCCACGCUUUGCACAGCUCUCCGAGAGGCUUUUGUUGUCUUCUCCAGUGUUGACCUGCACAAGUGCCAUCUAUGCAGCUGCUUUGUUUAUGUCAUUGGUCUAUGCCUAUUGCACGGAAAAGCUGCCGUUGGCACCCUUUCCCAUCUUGCAGGCACUGACCAGGAAUGAGAGAUGCGGUGAAGAUCUGAUGCAUGACCAGCCAACGUGUCAGCGGCGGUGCUAUGUCAUGGUUGCCGUCAUGCACGGAAUACCGUGGGUGGCAUUCUUUCUAUUUUUUGCCCAGGCCACCGGAUGCAGUGCCUUGUUUCUCUGUUGGCUCGGCUUCGGUGUGGUUGUGGAGCCUGCACGAUUUGUACCACUGGUCUCAGCUCUAGGCAGUUUCAUUUUUGCAGUGGCUGCGCGUGUUCGUGGCUUGCUGACUUGGCGCCGGAGCCUGGCGAAAAGCAUCCAGGAGAUCUUCCAAGCCUCUACUGCAGUACUUUGGGUCAACCUGAUGGAAAGAAUGAAGAUCGAUGUGGAGUCUCCCAGCUAUCAACGCCUAUUGCAGGGUAUGGCCAGUGACAUGGACCUGUUCGAGUUGUUGGCACAGGGAAGUUCGAGUCUAUGGCGAUCGCAAUUGGAGAAGUUCUUGGCGCCGAUCAUCGAUCACCAAGCCUUUGAGAUGCUGGUGAACGACAUCAUCCAUGCGCAGGGCAACGCAGAUCAAGAUGUUCAGCUAUCCCGGAGCACCUUUGGAGAAAUCAUGGAAGCCGUUCGAGAGUUCUUGAUCUCAUCCAUGCUACGGAAGUUGGGCUUCAGUUUCGCAAGCUUGGCUUUGCGCAUGAAGUACUUUGUCUUCGUGGCCCUGAUCCUAUUUGGUUUUCUGGCAGUGCUCUCUCAGCUCUAUCCGCUGGAAGCCAAUGUGAGUACCAUCCUUGGAGGGAUUGCUCCCAUCAUUUUGGGCAUUUUGCUGCAGAAACCAGGACAGCCCCGAGUGCCGGCAGACCUGAAACAUGCCUUUGAAGAGAUGCUGAAGUCACUCGUGCUGGGCUGCCAGGCAAUGCUGGUAGAGCUUCGCGAGCAGAAGCAGAACAUUCUGGAUUGGCUUCGCGAACUGCGCAUCAAUGACCAGUUUGUCCAGGAGAUGUUGGAAGUCGACCCCUUCAGCCUGCUCCAGCUGGCGCAGCAGACCAAGUUCCAGAAGUUGCUGGAGUUCCUGGCGAAGAGACCGGGCCGUCCACAUGGUCCCUCAGAACCGGAGCAGUUCCUGGAGUUUCUGGCCGUCUUCGAGGCGACGUACUCGGCCGUGAAGACGACGUCUCCUCGCUUUGCUCAAAUGGUCGACCAGCAAGUGCACCAGUUCUUGCAAGGACACCUUCAAGCUCUUCUGGAGCCGCUGAGUUCGGACGUGGCCCUUGAAGUCCAAGAAGCUUUGCGCAAAGCCAGUGAGUCUGAUGUGGAUACUCUGGAAUGGGUUGGGCGGAUGAUUCAGCAGCUGUGUCAUCCAGAUUUCCAGGAGCUCCUGACAGCCUUACGAGAAAGGAAAGGUUGUGUGGCGCUCAAGAUCCUUGCCAGGUUUGACGUUGACCCCGCUCUUGCCCAAAUCCAUAUCUCUUUGCAAAAGCUUGCGCUCAAGCACGUGCUUCGCUUGUUGGGUUCUAGUGAGCAGGAUGCUGACAGGAUUGCUGCUGUACAAGAUUGGCAGCAAACCUUUGCAUUACUCGUCCAGCUGGUUGUAGAAAAGCUUCGAAAUGAGUUCGAGCCACCGUUGUCGGAGGGUAUGGACUGGAAGAGCAUUGAAGCAUCAGUCGAAAAGGAAUUUGGCUCAAUUGAGUCUUUGGUGGGAUUGUCCGGCAAUAUGAAAAGCAUCGAAGAGUUUGAGAAGAAGUGCUUGGACAAAAUUGCCGUGCUUCUUAUCAAUCAGAAUGUGCAGAACUCCAGAGUUCAACUUUCACCUAGUGGCAUGGAGACCAUUUUCCACCUAUUGGAAGUCUCGGACAUCAAAGAAAUACUGAAAGAUCCUAUGAGUUUCCGAAGUGAGUCGUUGUGGGAGAAGGGCAACAAAGUCGCAGCAAGCUUGGCCAUCGAGCACCUGAGACUCCAGAAGUCUUUUAUAGAGCAAAAGAUGCCAGAACAGGCUGAGUGGGCAGACAUUGAAAGGUUGGUGGAGAAAGUCGCCCCAAGGGAACUCCGUGAUGCUUUCGCUGAUCCAGGAGCAGGAUUCGUUGACUACCAGGGUCCUGCAGCUAUCCAUUGGGCAGUUCUACAGCUGAAACCAUCCUUGCUAAAGCUGGGCUUUCAGCCACAAAGCAUGGAAAAUUUGGAGCCGAUGCUUUUGCAGCUGGAUGUGGACCAAUUGAAGGAGGGCAUCAAGAAACCUCAGACAGUCAUCAGGCUUUUGGAAGGGAAAGGUGGGGAAGUCGCAGUAAACUUGGCCAUUGAGCAGGCAAAACCAUCCAUACUGGAGCAAUUGCCCAGCGGAGUCAGAUGGUCUGAUGUGAGUGAUGUGCUCAUUGAGUAUUGUUCAUCGAGUACUGCAGCUUUGAAUUCUCUACAGAGUCCAACCUUUUCCUUGAACUCCCUGACUGAUGAUCCACAUGUCCAGAAGAAAUGGCAAGUGGCACUCGCACGAAAUGCACUGGAGAAGCACUUGCCCAAAGGAAUCACGUGGAAGGAGAUUGAGCAGCUCGUGGAGGAAACAGAUCCAGAGGAGUUACAUGCUGCUCUGGCCGAUGCAGCCGGAUUCCAACAGUGGUGCUCCGGCCAACCGACCACGUCCAAGGAGACUUCCAAAGAAGAAGCUCAUGGCCUUCAUCAAACCAUUUCUGAAUCCCCUUCCACCGAUCCACUUGCUGUACGGUCGCAGAACCCAGUUCAACCCACUGAGCCAGUCCAGACACGAGAGCCACCCCAAAGUCUUUCUGAAGAUUCACCCAAAGCUCCCAAGUUGAAGGGAAAAGCGGGACGCAGCCCGGCUCGCUUUGGUCGCAAGGGCGUGCUUCGACCCGCAUCAAAGGCGAAUCCCAAAGAAGAAAUGCAGCAAGCAGGUUCCGCAUCCUCUUCCACUGAUCCACUUGGAUUGGUGCGGAAGCCGAUUCAACCCAUCGAGCCAAUCCAGACACCAGAGCCACCCCGGAGUCUUUCUGAAGAUUCACCCAAAGCUCCCAAGUUGAAGGGAAAAGCGGGACGCAGCCCGGCUCGCUUUGGUCGCAAGGGCGUGCUUCGACCCGCAACAAAGGCGAAACCCAAAGAAGAAAUGCAGCAAGCAGGUUCCGCAUCCUCUUCCACUGAUCCACUUGGAUUGGUGCGGAAGCCGAUUCAACCCAUCGAGCCAGUCCAGACACCAGAGCCUCCCCACAUGAGUUUGGCAGAUUCUCAUCAAGCUUCUUCCAAGGCUUUGAAGGCCUCAGGGUCCUUGAAGAAAUCGCCUACAACUCUGUGGUCUUCGGAUGAUGAACAUCGAUAAGUUGGCCACUUAAAGAAAAGCACACACACACACACUUCGAAGGUGGAGCAAACGUGAGCUUGUCAUCCUCCAGCAGCUUCCGACCACUUUGUCGACCAAAACGACUUCACCAGCUACUGUAGAGGCGAAUCGCCGUCGCAGUGGAGGUGCCAUCGCCGUCGCCAGGGCAGCCAGGAUUGAUGCAAGCAGGAAUGGCAGGCGAGGGCAGCGGCACAGAGGUAGGUUGAGGGCUCCUUUGAUGCACAUUGAGGUGGCCAUCCUUUUGAGGAACGCAUCGAACAUUGGUGUGAGACUGCAGGCAUGCCAGCGAGGCAAGCCUUGUUUCACACAUUGUGGCGGCUCGGAAAACUUGCCGCAAGAUCAUGAUGAGACAUGAUGUGAGACGUGAUGAGCAGAGCCUUCGAUGUCUUUUCGGGAUGAGACUACUGAUGCUGUCUUUUCCUGACAAUGACGCCUCGUGUAGAGCUGCUGAUGGGCGACGAUCGGCAACGCCCCUGACUUGAACAGAUCCACCGGAGUUCCCAACGAAUGACGCUCCGCGCGGAGCUGCCAAGGAUGAUCACGGCUACGAAUUCCGUGGUUCACAUGAAGGAAAAGCCAUCAGCGAGCCGCGCGCACGCCCGCAGAGGCUGCCCAGCUAUGCCCAUCUUCCUGGUGCUGAGAGGGCGGCCGAAUCCGAAGCCGGCCUAAGUGAAGUUGUGUUCAUCGAAUCGACUGCCGCACGUCUGCGGCCUUGAUGACCGACGUGCGGAUCGACGCGUCGGAGGUGGUGAGGCUUUUCGUUCUCCACGAACGGUGUAAUGUGGGCAUUGCAAUGCGACAAUCAUGACGGCGCAGCACUUCUUGAAGCCUUGUUUGUAGAAGCCAAGCCAGAAUCAGGAGGCAACAUGGCCACCACCAUCCAUCUUGGCCAGGGAUUACAGCGACGAAUCUCAAUGAUGACAGCGAUGUAGCCAGUCUGGCCGAAGACGCCGUUGCCGGCUUGCCGCGACGCUGCUUGUGCGGCUUGCCGGCUUGAUGCUGAAGAGCACUGGUCGUGCAGUGAAACAA